UCCCGCAGAUACCCUCUAUGCAUUACUAAAGUCUAAAGGAAAAUUAAUCGUUUUCAAUUUCAGAUCUUAAAUUUUGUAUCUCUUCUUCUCUUCCGGCCCUUAGCUUCGCCACCACCGUCUUUCUCCACAUCUUUUCCGCCGGACUUAAUGAUGAUCAUGUGGAAGAUAUCAAAUCUCUACUAGUUAAUCUGUACAAAUGAUUUUUCUUGUUGGAUUCAUAAACUUCUGUUAUAUUUGGUAAUGAUGGUGGUGGUGGUGGUGGCGGCGGUGGUGGAAAAGGAUAUUAGAUCUCUGUUCUAGUAAUUGAUGGUGGUGGUGGUGAUGGAAUUCAGAGAAGAGAGAUGAAUGAUGGCUUCAGGUUAAGAAGAGAGAUCGAUGGUUUUGAUCUGAGGAUUCAUGAAACGAAGAAAGAAGAGAGAUCGAUGGUUUUGAUCGAUGGUAUGUCUUUAGAUAUUUUUUUGUUUCAUUUUUGAAGAAGCUAAUUUGGGUUUUCUGGUUAGUUAUGAGUUUUAUUAUUGUGUCUGGGAUUUCAUGGUGUUGAUGAUGGUUUAUACAAGGACUGGAGUCGUGACUUCUCUUGUGGCAAAAAAAGAUUCAAAGCUGAGUAUGGCAUCUGAAACUUUACAUUCACGGUUUCUAAAUGCAACAAACGGCAGUUCAUGUUCCGUGCAUUCAAUUAUCUUGAGCAAAUCACAGUGCAGGGGCUUAGAUAUGUACAGGUACAUAAGAGAUGAUCAAUUUCUUUUUCGGGUUGCAAUUGGCAUUCGUUUUCCAGUUCUUGAUUCUUGCAAAUUAUAUGGUAUCUCUCAAGAUGAACUUGUGGUGCAAUGGUAGCACAACUGACUCUACAUCAGAAAAUGCGUGUUCGAUACACGUCAGGUUCACUAAUUUUUGUACAUUAAUUUUUUGGAUCAACUUCGGUUGUUGACACCAGAUUUUGGGAUCAACUUCGGUUGUUGAUACCAAAUUUUGGGAUCAACUUUGGUUGUUGACACCAUAUUCUUUUUUUGUUUAUUUUUCUUAUUUUCUGAUUCUUGUUUUGGGGAUCAAUUUCGGUUGUUGACACCAAAUUUUGGGAUCUACUUCAAUUGUUGACGUCAUAUAUUUAUUUUCUGAUUUUUUUU